GAAUAUAAAGGUGAUGAAGAUAUGAAUAAUUUUUUAACAGAAAUGUCAUCAUUAAAUAAAAUAGAAAAAAAUAUAUUUGGAAGUAUACACAUAUAUGAUAUAGAAAACAAUUUUAAUUUAGUAUAUACUAAAAAUUAUGAACGUUCAGGUAUUAUAUGUACAUAUUAUGAUGAGUAUAUAAAACAAUUAUUUUUGGGAACAACGGACGGAAGAUGUCUUAUAUAUUAUGGUGAUAAUUCAACAAAAGGUGUAUUAGAUUAUUUACAACAAAAAGGUUAUAAAAGAAAAGAUGAAACAAAUGAAAACACUUUUUUCUAUAUGAAGAAUGAUAAUAUAUAUAAUUUAGAUAAUUUACCGAAAGAAAUACAAAUUACACAAUCUGGAAAUGUAAUAAUUAAGAAAAAUAAUGUAAAUAAUAAAAAAAUCAAAGUAAAUCCAAGUGUUCAAUCAUUAUAUGAAAAUGCAUAUGAAAGAAAAACUAAUGUUAGUGCCUAUUCUAAAUUUAUUACAGAUGAUAAUAAUCAUAAUUUAAAUUAUCAUGAUCAUAUAAAAAAUCUUCCAAAUAUAAACGAUGAUAAUAUAGUUGAAGUCUUAAGAAAUAGAGAAUUAAAUAAAAAAGGAGAUGACUAUUUUAUGAAGGCUUAUAAAUACACACAACCAAAUAAAAUUAUUGAUUAUUCAUCAUCACAGGAACAAGAAUAUUCAAAUAUUUUAAAAAGACCUAAAUGUCCUCAAUGUGGAAUUAAAAAUUGUGUUUGUGGUUAUAUGAAAAAUAAAUAA